AUGGCGAAAUUAAGCCUUUUCAACUGUCUUAUAUUCCAACUCGGCUUUCUGGCUUUCCUUGCCAAAGUUCAAGCCACUUCCUCGCAAUGUUACUAUCCUAAUGGCGACGAAAGCACCGAUACACCCUGCUAUACCGAUGGCCGCAUUACACACUGCUGUGGAGAUUCCUCCAUAUGUCUUACAAAUCAGCUAUGUCUUUCCUUGAACCAACCUUUCGGCCUCUCGCGCGGAAGUUGCACCGAUAAAAGCUGGGGCACCUCGUGUCCAGCCUAUUGCAAAACCGCCCAGCAGAGCGCCGGUGCCUCUCUUGUCUGGUACACCAAUGGCACAGCAACGGACGAAGAAGACGAAUACUGUUGCAACUCCAUGGUCAUCUCCAGCAACGACACUUUGGUAUGCAGCACCAUCUCAGGCGAAACUCAAACCCCUUUCACAAUUGCGGACGGGUCUGUCAUUGCAGACGUGGCUGCCCUCGAUGGUCUAGUCAAAGAAUCUUCCAGUUCAACCUCCACAACUGUUGCAAACAACACCGGUAACAGUGAUGACACCGCUUCAUCAUCGAACUCCACCUGCUCCUCCGGUUCUAACAAUGAUGUGGCGAUUGGUGCCGGUGUCGGCGUGCCUCUUGGAGUAAUUGCCCUUGUUGCACUUGGCUGGGCUCUGUAUGAGAGGCAAUUGAGAAAGAAGAUGCUUACAUCCACCCCGUCGGUGAGCAGCCCACCUUCUGGCGGUUACAGUUAUCCGCCUGAUAUGGCUGCGUACAGUGCACAGCCCGCAGAGCUUGGAAGCGCCUUCAAGUCCGGACCCAUGCCUGCUGAGCUCCAUGACUCGACAUUGGCUCGUUAA